GGGUUUACCGCGUUGCUACAACGAAAAAGUGCCCCCUUCGCGCAGUCGCGGCGUCCCUGGCAUCCGAGCCCAGCAAACGUCAGGUUGUCUAACGAUCGCGGAGUAUAAAUGCUCAAAUUAGCGGGGCGGCUGCAGGAGGAAGCGGCGCUGAGCCUUGGCCGGAGGCGGUGGCACCAGCGGCCGCGGGGAACCCCUCCCUGGCUAGUGCCCUGGGGCGGCUGAUGUAGAGAACCCAGGGGGGAGGAUCCAUCUAUGCUGUUAGUCCCGUCGGGAAAGAAACAACAGCUUCCCCUUCCCCUCGCUAACCCAGCCCCAGCCUCGGCCACCCUCGGCUCUCCGUCGCUGUGUGACCAUGGCCGACAGCUUGCGGAGAUUAAUCAACAGCGAGAGCUGCAGGAUCUUGCAGGAGAAGCUGGAGAGCUGGUAUAAAGAUUACCACAUUAACUCAUGUGAUCAGAAUCUGAACAGAUGUUGUGAAAUCAUAGAAAUGAACUCCAUGAUUCAGGGGCAACUCUUCACAAUCCUCAAUCAAACAGCUCGAGAAGGUGGGCAUUAUGCAGGUGUAGAGACAAUAAAAUCUCGUCUCUUGCCAUGGCUGGGGACUUGUUUUUCCAGUACUACUUCGGGAAGGCCCUUUGAAACCAGUCUUUCUCUCAUUCAGGAGUCAAUUGAGAAAGAAAGACAGCUGAGGGAAUUUGCCAGCACUCGGAAACACGAAAUACAACAGUUGGAGAAAGAACUGAACUCAACUCAUUUACAACUCAACUUAGUGCAACAAGAACUUGCACGGAGUCGCUCUCCUUCUCCAAGGCCCUGCCGAAGUAGAUCACCUAGUCCUCUACCACUCAGGAGCUGCUCACCUGGCCGAGCCAGGCUUACAAAUGCUGCACGUCAUGCCCACCUGGUGGCUCGCUUUAGUGAUAUUUAUACUCAAGAACGCUUGGAUGCACAGACCCUUCUGAGGACUUAUAUCGAUGAUCUGGAGAUAGUGCAGAGGAUAAUAUAUGUUGCAGCUGUGGAGUCUUUCCAUGCAGCAAAGAUGGCCUUCAGACAAUUCAAAAUGCGUGUGAGAAAGACUCUGUCUCUAACUCACUCAGGGCCUGAAUCACUUGAAGACACUGUCCUGGAUUAUAUAGUUCGCCAUGAGGAUCUAUAUGAUGUUCAAGCCAGUGUCAAUGAAGUAAUUCGUGCCAUGAAUAUCAAUCCUAAAAUUUCAUUCCCACCAGAAGUUGACUUCAUCAUGAUCAGCAGUUUGAUUCGGGAGUUGUGCCGUGUAGCUUUUUCAAUGCAGACCUUGGUUCCUCCCCUCGAUAUUGCAUUUGGUGCAGAUGGAGAACUUUUUAAUGAGAGCAAAUACCGUCGCAGCUAUGAUUCUGAUUUUACGGCUCCUUUGGUGGUCUAUCAUGUGUGGCCUGCUCUGAUGGAAAAUGAUUCUAUUAUUGUGAAGGGAGAGGCAGUCUCAAAGAGGGGUGCUCUGUGGUCUCGCAGAAGCAGGAGUAAAAGCAGAAGCAGAAGCCGCAGCAUGAGCCCUAUUCUGUCUCAUUCUACAAGCCCCAGCCGCACCUUGUUACCUCGAAGUCGCAGCCCUUCCCCAAUAAGGAGCGGAAGCCCAAGUAAGUGGGCGUAUUCAGUACACAAUGCCUCCUGGUUUUCGCAUUAAGUGCUUAAAAGAUUGAGUAAAGAGAUCAAAUAACACUGUGCACGUCUUUGUCUCUGACACACUUGAGUUGUUUUUAAAAUGAGUGGCCCUUCACUUUUUCAUUUUGUGAAAAGGCCAAUGUUUCUGACUUUUGUAGAGCACCUUCUUUCUCAUCCCUUCCAAACUGUUAUCACAAUGUCUCUGACUGCUAGUUGCCUUUAUGCUAUGGCCAGCCAAGUAUCCCCACAGCUUCCUACAGAACUGUCAUAUUGUAAGUAUAAUUUGGCCCCUCUUCCAUGAGAGAAGCAGGCAACUCUAUGACUACUGGCUCUAUACCUACAAAUUCCAAAUGGACUGGCUAUCAGACCAGGAUGAAAUGAGGAAUUUUUCAAAAUUUCAAAUGAAGUCCCUUCUUGAAUCCACUCAGUGUAGUUACUUAGAAAAACAGUCAUACUGAAAUGUGUAUUUUUCUCCAAUAGGACUUUAAAUUAACUGGAUGUGUUUCUGUGAUUCUGUACAUCCGGAUCAGUCAACUUCAGUGGUGCCUCCUCCUGUUCCAAGAGUACCUCAAACCUCACUUAAGAUAAUGUGAAUGGCAGUUUUGUGUUACUCCAAAGGGAGGGUUAAAUGUUGUUUUUGCUUAGCAUGUUUUUAUAAGUUUAGUAGGUUUUUUAUCAUUAUAGAAAUUAAUUGAAUCAAUUUGAUAAAAAAAAUUGCAUAGACUUUUAGGAUCAUACUCAUGUGGUAUAGAGUUUACACAACCCUUAGCAACCCUUGCAGAAAUAGAGCAGCAGAUUUAAGGAUCACAUCUAGAACAUUUUUACCUGAAACGAAAUGAUACCAUUUAUUUUGAUGGCAUAUUUAACAUCACACGAACAUUACAACUUGUUGAAAUUAGCUGUUACUUGAAAACAAUGUCACUAGAUGGUGCUUAUUUACAUUUCUAGAAGGCAGCACUAAUCUCAGGAUGUGAAACUCUUAAUUACUUGGUUAGCAUUGUUUUGUCAUUGAUAUAUCAACUGAAGGUGGUCUCUGUUGUCUGACUGAUGAAAUACCAGUAGUUUAUGACUGGCACAUGUGACUACUGCAUUUCAGUCUCCGGGUCUUCAGUUACAUUGAUUUAUGAAAGCACACAGCUAAUGGGUUGUAUGAAGUGUGCUGGUUUUGGCCAUGGAAUUCACUAUGCUUGUUAAAUUCAGCCUGUUACUGAAGAUAGGAAUCUCACUAGUGGUAGCAAUUUGGACCUUAUUGAUAUUUCAAAAGUGUGUCACUGAACAUUUUGGAGGUUUGAAAUACUUGCUUGGGAUGCAUUAACUAUUCAUUAUCUCUUCCAAAUACAUACAGAACACAAUUAGAGCCUCCAUUUGAACACAAUCACAAAAACGUGGCUAUUAAAGACAAUAAUUUGCUGCAUUCUGAAUUAAAUAAUUGAUUAUUUUGAUCUCAGAAGCAUCUUGGUUCUUCUGCCAUUUUAAAGGAUUUCUUGUCCAUUUGUAAAAACUUCAUGUUAAUAUCAGAAUAUUUGUUUCGAAGAGAACUGAUUUUCUUUUUUCUCUCCUGAACCUCAUCUGUAGGUCCAGCCUUAAAUACAAGCAACACAAGUGACUGCUUGGGGCCUUGCACUUUUACAUAGUGUAAUAAUGGAUCUGACCAUUAGUUCAUCAAGUCCAGUAUCUUGUUUCAGUCCAAUACCUGAUGCUUCAGCCUCCUGGAAACCUUUGAGACCUAUUUUCUUUAGAAACAAUUCUACUGAUGCUAGAUUGUAUUUAUCUUACAUCAGGUGAAGGACAAACCAGCAAGGAGUAAAUGAAUUAUAAGUUCCUGUUUUAUACAGAUGUCCAUAGUACUGAAGGAGAAGAAAAAAGAGACAAUAUCAGAAUUGUUUCUAAAUAAAAUGUUUCCAAGGCAGCGACCAUUAGUUCAUCAAGUCCAGUAUCUUGUUUCAGUCCAAUACUUGAUGCUUCAGAGGAAAGUGGAAAUUUCCCAUAACUCAGCUUCCCUGUUGUGGAAUGUAAAUGGCUGCAGGCAGGAGGAAUUCCUUCCUGUCCCCUGUUGCAAUCAGCUUGUGCCCCAAAACAUGAGAUUUCAUUACUUUCAUUGUAACAAAAUUCAUAAUUGUACACGCUGUUAGUCAUGAAUGUAUUUAACUCUUUAAAAAUUCACCUACAUUCAUUAAUUCCAUGACCUCUCUUAGGGGGCCUUGUGCAGACUUGGUACACUCCCUUCUUCCUCCCCACAGCUGCGGGGCUGUUUGAGGCUUUACAAACUUUAAGACCGGUCCAGUCCAACUUCACUAUACACUACUGUAACUAUAAUGUCACAAUUGGUGCCUGUAUACACAAACUGUGGGCCUGAUUUAGCUCUGACCCUGGUUUGAUACAUAUAUAAUGUAAGAGUUAUUCCUGAUUUACACCAGGGUGAGAGCUCUAUGGGGGCUGGUAUAUGCAAAAUCAUUUCCGCAGGUCCUCAGAAUGAACUGAGAGACACACCGAAAUGGAAAAGGCACUCAGGUACUUGGUGGGCUCUCUUGUUGUCUGUUAAAAUCAAUGCACAUAUGGCCUCUGAAAUGAACAUUUAAAGUAGUUUGUUCCUUUUUAUAGGUUCUUAUAGUGUUAGUUACAGCCAGGGAGCUGAGGUUCGUGUUAUCCUGUAUACUUAUACAUCAAUCCCAUGAUUAAUAUUGCUCCAUAAAUGUCUUGAUUUUGAGCACUUGCAGCACUGAAGUCAGUGAUCAUAAGAAUGGCCAUACUGAGUCAGACCAAAAGGUCCAUCUUGCUCAGUAUCCUGUCUUCUGACAGUGGCCAGUGCCAGUUGCUUCAGAGGGAAUGAACAGAACAAGUAAUCAUUGAGUGAGCCAUCCUCUGUUGCCUGAUAUAAUGUCUUGCCUGAUAUAAUGUGACGUUAUAGUUCUUCAGGGGUCUAAAUUUGGAUUUAGGUGCUUAACAGGCCAAGAUGUUCAAAACGGGAUGCCUAAGUAAUCAAUAUCACAGAAUCUAAUAAUUGUUUCAGGCCAAAGAGAGAUGUUUUUUGUACUAUUACCGUUCAGAUUUUAUAUAUUAUUUGACUUCCACAUGUUCACUACAAAGACACACUAGAUCACAAUCUCUGUCAUUUGACACAUAUUGUUCUGACAAGAAGCAGAUUUUCAUAACCUAGUAUUAGAAAAUUAAAUGUCAUAAAAAAGAGACACAAACAUAUUUAAUGGCCUGGGAUCCAUAAUUGACCUAGAGACACACCUCAGCAACCUUUAGAUGAAGUAUUCCGCAAAGAACUAAAAAUGCAAGUUCAGAAACAAAGAUUUAAAACACUUGAGGACCACAUCAUAUACAGAAUUCACCAAAUGAGCUAACUGAGCACUCUGGUCACUUGUCUCAAAGUAACAGAAAAGUUUAAAAGAAUUAAAGUGAGUGCAUGCUAGGUUUUGCAGGGAGAAAGUGGCUUCAGAAAUACCUUGCAAAAUGUAAAAGCCAAAUAAAAAAUAAGCUUGAUAAACAGUUCUCACUCUCUACCACGUUGGUGUGUGGAGCCAAUAGCAUUUAGCAAGGUGCAUGAUGCCAUUAAGAGAAUGAUGUUUUUUUAUUGGGCUUCAUUUCAGAUCAUUUAUAGUCAUUUAAAUUAGUGAGUAGGUCAGACAAGGAAUUUUUUUUUUUAGUGAUGAGUCAGACAUUAGCAGGCUAUAUACUGCCCUUUAUCUACAUGCACAGCUCCUCCUGACAACAGUGCAAUUUGUACAUGCUGAUCAAUGGCAGUGUAUGAUCCUCUGUGAUUGACUUACAUGUGCAAUAAAGCACAGUGGCCUUAUAAAAUGAGAGCUCUGUAAUUUCUCUCAAGUGGAAGAAUCACCAUACAGGCAUUGUAUAGCACACAUACAUGUUAAUAAAGUAUUAAAAACCUUCAGGGAGAGCAAAUGUCUUAUAACAAAUCAGUGUAAAUGCCACACCGGUAGUCGUAACAAAAUAAUACAGGUGGCAUAAAUACAGAAAUGUUUGCUGACAUGAUUUUUGUAAGCUGCAAAAUGAAUGUGAUCCGUGGGGUUUAUGCUACAAGAUUGUUCCAACACAGGCUCUUUCAGCGGUGCUGCCUCUCAGGUUGGCCGCCAUUAGCAACUGACACCAUGCCUGCCCUCAGACCCCUGGUGAAACCUAAGAUCGUCAAGAAGAGAACCAAGAAGUUCAUCCGACAUCAAUCAGAUCGCUAUGUCAAGAUCAAGCGCAACUGGCGUAAGCCAAGAGGUAUCGAUAACAGAGCUUGCAGGAGGUUCAAGGGCCAAAUCUUGAUGCCCAACAUUGGCUAUGGUAGCAAUA